AUGUCUACAGCGAUCGAAUCCAGUCUUGACGAUGCGAUUGCUGUUACAACGGACAGUACACCAUCUACUUCUUCUUCUUCUACUACCACUACUACAGCCAGCACCCGAGUCAUAAAGCAGCCGUUAAUUCAAGUCUAUUUUCCCAUCACUUUCACACGAUCUGUGGACGUUCGCCUCCCAGUAGCCAGGACAGCCACAGCUUGUGGAAUCUAUUAUUCGACAAUCUUUCUUGCAUCAUCAUCAUUAUCAUCACUUGACAUGCCGAAAAUAUCACGCGCUACCCAAGCACGAUUGCUAAGAAAGGCCAAUGCAUCGAUACCCGCAUCAACUUCAACAUCAACAUCAUUAUCCGCACCACAACAAUCAAUACCACCAGCAAAAGACACUUCAAUUAAUAACAAUGACACACCACCAUCGCCCAACACAAUGACCCUAGCUCGGGAUUCGAAUGACAGCAAUAAUAAUAAUGAAGCAUGUUGUAACAGCCACCUCAGUGAGAGCAGCGACAUCGUUACCAAGAAGGAUGAUGAAGAUGAUGGUAGUGAUGGAAAUCGUCACCUAGCAACGGCAACAACAGCAACAGCACCAGCAGCUGUGGAUGAACCCAAAGACAACAUUCAUGCAUCAACAACACUAGAGCCGGCGAUACCCACGCCUCAUUUGAGUACACCUCCUUCUCGAUCAUCUUCUUCUUCAAGUCGUAUCCCCAUACGUAAAUCCAAUUCCAUGCCAACAGCUAAAUCUCCUGAAGCUAUUACAACACGUCGUGCACCCGCUACUACUGCAGCAGCCACCACGACCACGACGCUGCAUAAGCGGAAGCAUGACGGGCAACAACAAACACCACGCCCUAGAUCUGCAUCACCAAAGCCAUCUACAGCUCCUGUUCGUAACAAGACAACGAGUGUGAAUCGGUCAUCAUCGCCAUCACCCAAAUCGAUUGCUACCAAGGUGCGUGAGGCGGAUGUACCUAUGCCCAAAAAGCCUAUACCUACCAGUCCUCCUUUAAGGAUCCAUCAUGGAGCACAUAAAAAGAGUGGGAAUAAGGAUCACACGAAGCACGGCAAUGAAGAUGAAGAAGAUGAAGCACCUGUACGUAUUACAGCACAAGAACGAAGACGUCGUGAAAACAUGCGAGCUCAACAGAUCAAAAUGUGGCGUGUUCGUGAAGAACGUGAGGCAAGAGAUGCAAGGACUAUUGCACGGCGUAAAAUGAUGGAACGCCCUACGUCACGCAAUAAGGAACCGUCACCACCUCCUACACCUCCCAGGCGAGCUGUCAAAUUCAAUCUGAAACGUAAUAAGGUUAUUGAAAUCUCUCAUCAAUAA